GCUGCUGGUUCCAACUCCGGGGUGCGGCGUGCAUGUGUGGGGGUUGGGGGGGCCCCUCCGGCGCCCCCUUUUUAUGCUCCCUCUCGCUGCCCGGAUGCUGGGACUGCUCUGAGGCGCGCGCCAUGGGAGACCACCUGAAGUCGGGCUUCGAGGAGGUGGACGGCGUGCGCCUGGGUUACCUGGUGAUCCGGGGCAAGCAGAUGUUCGCGCUGUCGCAGGUCUUCACGGAUCUGCUGAAGAACAUCCCUCGGACGACGGUGCACAAGCGCAUGGACCACCUCAACGUGCAGAAGCACCACUGCGACCUGCAGGAGCUGCGCAAGCUCAAAGCCAUCAACUCCAUCGCCUUCCACGCCGCCAAAUGCACCCUCAUCUCCCGCGAGGACGUCGAGGCGCUCUACACGUCGUGCAAAACCGAGAGGGUGCUCAGGACCAAGCGCAAGGGGGGCGCAGCCGUCCAAGAAGCCCCCGGGCCGGACCCUUACGCGGCCUUCUGGAAAGGAGGCGGUAAACUUUGGCUGGGUUUGAAUGGAGCCGCCGCGCCUUUCGCCAGCAGCGGCAGCAGCGGCCGCCGAAGGAAAGCGUGGCGCUCGGCGGCGGCAUCGGGCGCUUUCCUACCGGCUUCGGAUCUACCUCACUUUUGGAGCAAAUCGCCCGCGCCCAGCGCGCCGGGACUGGCGCGAUCCCCUUGCAAAGGGUCGCCAAACUAUGAAACUGCGCCGCUGGCGCCGCGCUACGUCUCGCUGGCAUCGGAGGCGCCUUGCUUUCGAAGCCUGAUUUGCUCCAAGCACCCGCACUACUACUACCACUCCUCGGCCGCCAUUGCCAGCCAACCCAAGCUCGUCGCCGCUGCCGCCGCUGCAGCAGCCGCCGCCGCCGCAGCUGCGGCCGCCGCCACGUCGGAGAGCGGCCCGCUGGCUCUGGGUUGCCGCUCCAAGAGGAAGAAAGCCACCGAGGGGCGCUUCCCGCCGCCGCCGCCGGACUGCGGGCGGCGCCUGCUGCUGGUGCCCCGCGCCGGCAAGUCCCCCAAAGCCGCCUCUUCGGAGAGACUGCCGGGCUUGAACGGCUUCCUGGCGCCGGCGCCGCCCCAGCAGCCUUUCCCGGAGACCUCCUACAGCAGCGACUCCGACUCCAGCUCCUAUUCGGACCACCUGGCCAACGACUCAGAUUUCUGCUCCAGUUUGACCAGCAGCAGCAAUUCGGGGUCUUCGGAGGACGAGGAGGGCAGCUAUGCCUCGGAUUCCAGCGAGCUGAGCUCCGACGAGGAGGAAGACGAGGAGGAGGAAGAGGAGGAGGAAGAUGAAGAAGAAGAAGAGAGCAGCUCCGAAUCGGACUCCAGCUCCGGCUCCAGCCAAGCAUCAGUGCAGAGCAUCCGCUUCAGGCGCACCAGCUUCUGCAAGCCGCCCAGUCUGGUGGGGGUUCCGGCCAGCCUUUUGCCUCCAACGCCCGCUUCGGCUGGACGGGACGAGAGCCUCCCUGGACCCGCGCAGAGCAUCAAAGCUGAGGCUCCCGAGGAGGACUGGGGCAUCACCCCCGCUGGCUGGGUCCCCAAAACCGAGCCCGGUGUGGAUUGUCACUGCUUUGGGGAGCUGAGUCAGGUCCGAAGGGGCGGCGGGUGUCCCUCUCCAUCGCCCGACGUGAAGGCUCCAGACCUGAAAGCCGCCCCCUGCCUGGCCAGGGGAUGCCCUUCACCCAGCCCAAAGAUGCCCCAAGCUUUGCCACAGCCAAGGUUCCUUCGAGACGCGGGGAGAGGCUGGCCCACCCGCUCUCCUCCUCCUCCUCUUCACCCAGCUCCUGCAGAGAGCCCUGCUGCUGCUCUUGGGGUGCCCCCAGAAGCCACCCAGCCCCAUCGCCCAUUGACUCACUGCCUGGGCUGUUCCUCCUCCCAAAGCCAGCCCGAGGUGCUUGUUGCUGCUGAAUACCCCGAGCCGCUGCCCCUUGUGCCCAUUGCCCAGAUUAAAGUCGAGGACAGCAGUGCCAACGCCGAGUAUGGCACCCUCCCCGUUCAGGGACAGAGCCAGCCCCCGCUCAAAUGUGAAGGCAGCGAUGACGAGCACAAGCUGGAGGCAGACGGCGAACCGGUGCCAUCGCCGUCUCCACCACCCAGCCCGACCCACCAGCCUCAGGAACUUCUGCUGCCAGCCAAGGAAGACCGCGCCUGCUGCACUGACGAGCCCCCCAGUCCUCCGCUGAGCCCCCCGGGCCAGCCAGCCCCGUCAAGCCAGGCCCUCGCCUCCUGCACUUUAGGCGCCGCCGCCGCCGCCGCCGCCAAACCCGAGGAUGGGGAGUACAAAUUUGGAGCCCGGGUGAGGAAGAACUACCGGACUUUGGUGCUGGGCAAGCGAGCCCUGCUGCCCAGCCCGGCGCCGCUCAAACCAAAUCUGAAAUCCGUCCGGAGCCCCCGCCUGCCCGCCGGGAAGCUCCUGGACGCCCCCGAGGGCGCCCUGGACGACUUGACAGUUCUCAGCCGGCGAAAAAGGGCGGGCGGCCACGUCGCCUCGGCCGUCAAGAGGCCCUUCAGUUUCAUGGGGAACUUCCCCUGCCCGCCCUCCUUGGUGGUGGGCAUCGACGGGGAUCUGCUGCCAGCCUACACCUUAAACACCGCCAAGGAUGCGCAGCCGCCUCCCAAGGCCCAUCCUGUCUGGAAAUGGCAGCUGGGCGGCUCAGCAAUACCUCUUCCACCCAGCCACAAAUUCAGGAAAUUUCAUUCAUGAGAGAGAGAUUGAAUGGGAACCCUACUUCAUGGUUGUUGCUGUUGUGUUCUUGGUCUUUUUUUCCUUUUUGGGGGGGACCCCAACUACUUCUUUUCCUGACCCUUACAGGAAAUCUUACAGCUGGAUGCUAGUCCCGACCCUAAUCACAUCCGAUUUGAUUUUGAUAUUUUUUUUAUGGUAUGGGGGAAUCCUGGUUUUUUUUCUAUUUUUGGAGGACGACGAAAACAAAACCGGAUUACUAUUUUCUUUGCCAUGAAAACCCAUCGUGGGGGGAAGGGAGGAGGGGACGAGGACGAGGACGAAAGAGGUCUAACAUUCCAGAGACUACUUCAGGGGAAAGUUUUCCAAGUUUAUUAAAAACACACACACCACACAACAAACAAAAGAACCACCUCAGUGGAAUCUGCUAAAGCUGGAACACUUUACUGUCUCAAAAUGCUAGUAAUGCACCUGGUACCUCAAUUCCAACUGCUACAAAUAAAUGUUUGGUUUAUGUUUUUUUAAAGUUGAAUUUUAACAAUUCGAAUGAGCCAUUAAUGUGUAAAUGCACUAGAUUUCGAAUUCAGGAAGUCUAAAUGUUCAGUUCCGUACAAGGUUUUUUGUUUUGUUUUGUUUUCAGCGAGAGGUUGCACAGGGAGAAUUCACUAUCCUUCUGCUGGGAAUGCCUUCUACUUUAUUGCAGAGGGUUCAUUGUUAAAUUUUAAUUCCCUGCCUGUCCUUUCCACAAAAGCAGUUGCACUCUGCAGUUGGGAGUGUGCGUGUGUCUCCGGGUCACCAGUGGGAGAGUUGGAAUUAGAUGGUCAGGCAUUUUUUUUUAGGAAGAGAAAAAGAGAGACUAAAAAAGGACAUGCCACUCUCUGUCUUCUUGUUUCACCUUGAACCCUUCAGGUUGGCCACGAUUGCCUAUCUCAGCUACAAUACUCAACCCAGCCAAACCCGUGUACAUUUGCUCGGAAGCCACUCUACCCCAUGUUCAAUUGGAUUUGCCCCCAAGUAAAUUUUACUCUCAAGGAGGGGGCCUUCCAAUCAUUAGGUUUUGUUGUGGGACUGGGUUGGAGCUCUGCUUCUGUUGGAAGGUUUGCAGGUGUGUGUGUGCGUGAGGGGGAUGUUCUCAAAAUCUGGUCCUCCCAGAUUUGCAAAGUCAGGAAAAAAUGUUAGGUUCUCACACUCCCAUUGGAGGGAAUCGGAAGGAAACGCAAUCUCAUUCAGCAUGCUAUGUGCAAGAGGCCCCAGUGGAAGGGAUAUUAUCAAUGAAGAACCCUAUACUCUUGGUGGCUACUUUGGCACCAAAACUCAGGCUUUUAAAACCAGGACUUGUCACUGUUUUCUUUACAUUUCUGGAAAAAAGAGGACUUUUCCCAACCACCCUAUCUUUGUAGCAGGAUCCUUUUCUACUGCACGUGACAAUCAGAGGCAAUUGUCUAUAUUUGCACUUAAACCUCGACAGAGUUGAAGCAGGCAGACUUCUAGAGUCGAGCCUUUGGUAAGACAUGCUGGUGUAAUAUGUUGUGAUGAUGGAAGCAGUAAAUCAAAAUGAUGGAAAUUUGCACUGUUGGAAAAAGCAUGCUUUAGCUUUAUUUUCAAU